CUUGUAUUUAUAUAUAUUUAAACCGAAAUUUGAUCUUGAUAAAAUGUCACAAGCAUCUGUAGAAGAAUCAAAUAAAAAUUCUGAUAAUGAAGAUGAAUUUAGUGAUGAUGAUUUUAUCUUAGAAGAAGGUGGUAGUGAAUAUGAUUCAAAGUCAAGUGGCUCUGAAUCAGAUGCCUGUUAUGAUUCAGGCGAUAAAAAAGUGAUUGAUCUUUAUAAGAAAAAAAAAGAUGAUAAGGAGCUUUCUUAUGAAAACUAUAAUGGAGUUAAAACCAGAAGUCAAAGGAAUCGAAAUGAAAAAGUUUUUACGUCAGCGCCUGAGUCUUGUCAGAUUAACGUAGAUGAUAUAUGGGAUAGUAUGAAUAAGAAGGAGCCUUCUAAUAAGGUUGACUAUGGGUCUUAUAAUACUUCAGAAGAAAAAGUAAAAAUAUCUAGAAUAUACGAAUUUGCUGGAAAGGUUGAAACAGAAGAAAAGUAUGUUCCAAAGGAUUCUUUAGAAGCCAAGGCGCAUAUUUCUAGUCUAAAUGAUUCUAAGACAACUUUACCUCCUUUAAGAAAAUCAACAAAACGAAUGUCUUCUUUAGAAAUUUCAAAUAGUAAGCCGGUGAAAUUGAACACAUUAGAAAAGUCUAGACUUGACUGGGCAAAAUUUGUAGAUAAAGAAGGAAUAUCUGAUGAAUUAAAAAAUGCAUCUAAAGAUGGUUAUAUGGAUAAACAAUUGUUUCUUCAAGUAGCUGAGGAAAGAAUGAUUAAAAAUAUUAAGGAAAAUAUGAAGAAAUAAGUCAUUUAAACAAUUAUUCAUAAUAUAUUUUUGAAUGGGUUUUUA